AUGUCGGGGUCAAGGGCUUUAAAGUCCUCUUCUGUAAGGGUGAUAGGGGGCAUACUCCUUUUUCUUGCAGAUGUCAACGAUCCAUCUUCGAGGAAGCAUUUAGAGAUGGUUGUUACGUGGAGGGACACCGACCUUCUCCUCCCUUCCUCCUCACACUCCCCCUCCAUCAUAUUCACCCAAUAUGACCUCAAAAAGAUCACCGCCUACAAGGUUGUCGAGUACGUCGAAUCCAGCAUGGCUCUCGGCCUUGGCACUGGCUCCACUGCCAAGCACGUCAUCAACCGCAUCAGCGAGCUUCUUCGCCAGGGCACACCGUCACUGGCUCCACUGCCACGAGCAUUUAGGAUCCCUUUGUCCGAUAUCGACUCCUACCCUAUUGUCUAUAUGGCCAUUGACGAUGCCGACGAGGUUGACCCCUUUCUCAACCUCUUCAAGUGUCAUGGUGGCUCCCUCUUGAGGGAGAGGAUGGUGGGGAGCGCGUGCAAGAAGUUUAUUGUCAUUGCUGAUGAGUCCAAUCUCGUGAACUAUGUAGGGGGGAGUGGAUUGGCCAUGCCCGUUAAGGUUAUUCAGUUUUGUUGGAAGUUCACUACCGAGAGGUUGCGCAAGCUGUUUAAGGAGGCUAAGUGUGUUGCCAAGCUUAGCAAUUUUGGGGAGAAGGAGGAACCGUAAGUCACUAACAAUGGGAAUUUCAUUGGUUUGUAUUUCAAGAGGAGUAUUGGCUAUUUGAAGGUUUCCAGUGACACAAUUCUGCUGAGAAUAAGAACAUGGAAUUGGUCAUGUUUGUCACUAGAAUAAGAACAUCUGCACCUUUAGGCCCUGGUGCUAAAGCUACUUGAGUGAAUUCACUCUUUCAUUGACCCAAA